GUGAUCUUGGGGGUGUGUGCAGGGGAACAAGCUCUGAUCUUGGAUGUGUGUGCGUGCAAAGGAGAAGGGGCAGGCUGCAGUCUUGGAUCUGUGUGUGCGUGUGUGUGGAUCUAAGAGUUCCUCCCCCGCCCCUGUCUUUUUCCCCCUCCUCUAGUGCCAGGUGUUGGGGGCUGCCUCCCCUCCCCCCCCCCCCCACCGGGAGUCUGUCAUUCUGGGCUUCUGGGACUUUCACCCCCAGGGCAGCUCAGGGACGAUGCCAUGGCUUGUGCCCCAAGUGCCCUGGAGCGGCAGUGUCAUUUGGGGCCCUGCCACACAUUCAAAUGAAUGCCAGAUAGAAACCAGCUACGAAGUUGUCGCACAUUUUCAAGCCCUCGCUUCGUAGCUGGGUGGCUCUCUUCACAGCUGGAUGGAUGUUUUUCCGGGUUGUCAGAUGAGAACAGCCUGCUGCCUUUUACAUUCACUUUGACUGGGAUAACGGACUAUACAAAUGAAGGAGGCUGUAAAGAGCCUCCUGUCUCCUUUUCACGGCUGCCUUGCAGUGGUGCUGCCAGUGCUUGCCCGCCUGGCAAGUCAGAACAUGCUUGGUCCCCAGCAGACCGACAGCAGAAGAUGGCCAAGCUGCAAGAGCCUGGGGAUGGUUUGGGGGAGGGCAUUUUGGUGGCUCCCGAGCUGGAUGGAUCUCGCCUUGCAGGCAACAGGCUUAACCUGGACGUUUAUCCUGACGGCUGUCACCAGUUUCUUGACCUGUUUGACAAGCAAAGGAAGGAAGUGACUCAGGUGGAGUUCCUGCGGUUGAACUGCAACGAGGACCUCAUAAUCUCCACGCUGGCCAUCUUGCCUGCCCUGAGGACCCUGAAAUCCCUGGUCCUCAAAGGUGGACAUGCCCGGGAUGAAUUUGGUGCAUGUCAGAGAGGCUCCCUGACAACCUUGCCUCCCGAUUUUGGAAACCUCAUGUGCCUCACUCACUUGGAUCUCAGCUUCAAUAGCUUCUCCAGCUUACCCAGCUGCAUCACUCACCUUGCCAACCUUAGUGUACUUGUGGUAAGCCACAACUGCUUGGUGGGGCUGCCUGAGGACUUUGGUCAUCUCACUAAGCUGACUGAUUUCUUCGCCAUAAAAAACCAUCUCAGGGAUCUGCCUCAGAGCAUUGGGGAGCUGGUGGCACUGAAGAAUCUGGACUUAUCUGAGAACACACUGGAAAGCCUCCCUGAGGAAAUUGGGAAUCUUUACAAUUGCAUGGAGCUGAAUCUCUCAGGGAACCGGUUAACUCAUGUCCCUGACUCACUAGCCAAUUUGGGAUCUCUGCACCAGCUGCAUCUUCACAGCAAUCUCCUAGUGACAGUCCCUGCAUCCCUCGCCAACCUUCCCAACUUGUUCAGGCUUGACUUGCAAAACAACAGGCUCCGCUACAUCCCCCCUGAGAUCCAGAGCAAACCCUUCGUACAUCUCCGGGGCAAUCCUCUAGGAGAACCUGAGAUGCCCCUGACGCCUGAUGAAUCCAGCUCAGGAGAAUUACAAAGGCUGGUCCUUGCACCGGAUGAGAACAGCUUUACUGUGACACCCAAAGGCUGCAAAGCUCUCCUGGCCUGCGGUAUCCGGCUUUACUUCCCCCCCGGGGCUGCCACCACCUCUAUCACAAUCCAUUUCCAAACACUCGUUCCUGAUCCACAGUGGGUGAAGCUGAGGCAUCAUGAUAUCCUGUUGAGCAAAGUCCUGGAGCUACAGCCCCAUGGGCUUGAAUUCCAGCAGGAGGUGCAGAUCUGCAUGCCUUAUGCCUCCACUCAAACCAUUCACGAGCGAGAGGUGGUGGUUCGGACCUUCAGUGGGCAGAGCUGGAGUGACUUGGGAACAAAAGUGGAAUGGAAAAGAAAGACAAAGAAGCACAUGGCACUCUGUAGUGUCCCUCACUUCUCCUGGUUCCUGGUCAUCUCUCAACUCGUGGAGAAUAAGUGCAGCGUCCCACGGGAGGGCACAUUGCUUUUUUCCACAGUGGAUCCCAACAUCAAGGUGACUUUCCCUCCUGGAGUCACUGAGAAGCCUCGGACCAUCAGGUUGCAGGUAUUGACAGUGUCACCCGACGACCUGAAGGAGAUCAUGGGUGAUCCAGAGUCCAGAGCCAGUCCCCUUCUCUGUCUCUCCCAGAACUCUUCUCUGGAUUUCCUGAGGCCAGUUAAAGUUCAGCUACCAUUACCACCUGGAGUCACAGGUUUAGAUCUAACUUUGGAUCAUUCCAGAGUACAUCUUCUUCAUGGUGACCUCCAAGCCCAAAUUUGGGAUGACAUCACAGAUCAGGUGGUGCUGGAGUUCACUCAUCGCUAUGCAAUAUUUGAAGUCACCCACUUCUCCUGGUACUGGUUAUGGUACACCACCAAGAAGUACAUCGGUGGUAUGGCCAAGAAGGUCUAUGAGAGGUUGCGUAUGUACCAGGUGAACUUCAUUGCUCUGCAGAGGAAAAAAGACCCCGAGCAAGUCUUGCUGCAGUGUGUCCCCAAGCACAAGGUUGAUCCAGUUCUGAAAAAGCUUCACGACCGAUACCGAGGACCAGAGCCAUCAGACAUGGUAGAGAUGUUUGAGGGAGAGCAGUUCUUCGCAGCCUUUGAACGAGGCAUCAAUAUUGAUGCAGACCGCCCAGACUGCAUGGAUGGCCGGCUCUCAUUCAUCUUUUACUCCCAUUUAAAGAACAUGAAGGAAAUCUAUGUGACCUCUGCAAUGGAUAGAAAAGACCAAGCUGUGAAAGGCCAGGUCUCCUUCUAUCGAGGAGCAGUUCCAGAGAAUGUGCCUGAAGAUGCCAGCAGGAGGAGGAAAGGGCCUGAUUCCCACUGGCUGGCUACUCUGCCAAUCAAACUGCCUAAACUGAAAUUGCACCAGGGUGAUCCCUCAAAUGGCUUCUCCUUUCCUCCUCUGAAUCUGGGGAAUGAAGAGACCGGCUACCUGACGCAAGCUAAUCUGCUUAGCAUUGCCAGGCGCAUCGGAGCUGACUGGCAGACCAUCGGCUUGAACUUGGGGCUGACUUAUCAGCAGAUUGAACGGAUAGGGUACAACAACAGGGAGGACCUGGACAGGCAGAUCUUGAACAUGUUAUUCUCCUGGGCCCAGCAGAACUCUGAGGACCAGAACUGCGUGGAGAAGCUGGUCACAGCCAUGAAAGAGAGUGGCCGCCAGGACAUUGCUGAUGAGAUUGAGGCUAUUAUUGACCUGGGGAGGCAAAAAUACAGAGAGUCCAUCCGUCGGGUAGGGCUGGACCAGGGAAGCAGCACUGAAGACUCUGCAAUAGCUAUGGUGUAGCAGCCAGCAAUAGGAACUCUGCUUCCUACUGUGGUUUCCUACCUUGUGCACUGGAUAACAUGGCUACUCUGACGAUUCCCAGUGGAGUGGGUGCUGUAAGCACCUACUGCUGAUCCACUAUGCUCUGCUGAGACUAUGCUAGUAUGUGAUUUCUGUGAAGUUCACACACGCCAAGUCUGUAUGUAUUUCAGCAUAUGGAAAAAGACCUCGGACUGUCAUGCCCUGAGUUCGGGGAUUCUGGCUUUAGGUUUUAGAGACAAGGAGAAACUCAGAGCCUUAGACACUGGCAUUAAAAUAAUAGAGAAAAUAGCUCUUAACAUUCUUUUGUUGCAAUAUAUAUUAGAGGUGCACUGAUUUAUCGGUGCCAUACUAGAUUGGCACUGAUAAAAGGAAAUUUAACGUUAUCAGCUAUUGGCUUUUUUGGCCAGUGUAGCCAAUAAUAUCACCGAUAAAUAUAAUAUGCCUUCUGGCCGGGGCCUCCAGAUGCCGCACGCAUGCACAUGGCCAGGAAUACAGCCAGGCAGUGUGGAGAGCAGCACUCUGCCGGUAAGUCUGUGGAGGGGAAGGGACAUGGGAGAGGGAAGGGGUGUGGGCCAGGCGGAUUGAGUCCCCCCUGGUCAGGGGCAGGGGCUGGGGAUGGGGGCACUGCCCAGCCAGGACAAUGAAUGGGACCCUGGGCUGGGGCAGGGACUGGGAUGAAGCUAUGGGGAGCUCAUCCAAGGGGUGUUGGGGGAGGGGUAAAGGGGGGCAGCUCCCAGCUGUUGUGUGCAACCAUGGAAGAGGCAUGAGGGGCAUGUGCCCCCCCCCCCCCCCAGAUUUAUGCAUGGGGUGAGGGCAAAGGCAGGCAGCUCACUACGGGUUUAGGGCUCUCCAUCCUGCUGCCUUUGCCCUGGAAGCUGUGUGCUGGCCUCAAAUCCCCUGCUCACUCAUCAGUAGUGGGGGCAGCAAACUGUGCCUCCCACUGCUGGGUAGUUAGGGAACAUACAGCCAGCGCCCCUUCCCUCACAACAAACUUACCAGAUGGACCCAGCUCCUCUCCAUGCUCCCGGACUGUGCUCCUGGCCACCUGCAUGCUGCACUGCAGCUGUAUGCAUGCAUGGAUCAUUUAUCAGCCACAUCAGCCAAAAAAAGCCAAUUGCUAAUACAGUCAAUUUUCCUUAUUUUGGUCCUGAUCAGAUAUGGGACCAAUGUAUCAGUGCACUUCUAGUAAUUUUUUCUCAUUUGUUCUGCGUACCCCCUACAACCUUUUUAAGUACCCCUAGGGGUACACAUGCCUCCGGUUGACAACCACUGGGUUAUAGGCUCCGUAUUGGCCAACAUGCCUGGUGAAUAAUCAGCUAUGUCUGUUCACCAGAGCGUCCCAAGGAAAAACAAGGACCAACUCCUCUGAGACCAUUUUAGGCUGGACAUAAGGAAAAAUUUCUUUACUGUCUGAGCCCUCAAGACCUGGAAUAGACUCCCUCCAGAAGUGGUGCAGGCACCUACUCUGGAUUCAUUCAAGAAGCGUUUGGAUGCUUAUCUUGCUGGGAUCCUUUGAUCCCAGCCGACUUCCUGACCCUGAGGCAGGGGGCUGGACUUGAUCUUCGAGGUCCCUUCCAGCCCUAACGUCUAUGAAAUCUAUUGGUAUUGGCCAAGAAAAUCUUUAUUGGUAAACCUCAAGUAUAUAUUUAUGAAUAACUUCUGCCUAAACCUACAUUCUGCUGAUGAUUUGGGAUCUGAGCUUUUCUACACCUCUCUGUAGUGUAUGUCUAUUUGGGCCCUGGAAAAUGUUACAUUUAUUGCACAAUGUGUUAAUUGUGCAAUAAAUUGUAAUAUGUCACAUGUUCAGCUAACUUAUUGUGUGAUAAACUGGCAAGGAACCACAAAGAUGUUCUACAUUUAAUGUAACGUGGAACACCUUUGCUGCUGCUUUGUAUAGCACUUAUUAACUUGAAUGUAUGGCAUGCAACCCAGCAUCUGGCUGCACAGUGUAACUUCAGAUGUCUCUGCAUGGGGCACUGAUGCUUCAUUGGGCAGCUCCCAAGUCCCCAGCUGUGCAAUUCUCAGCAGACAUUGAGCCAGCUGCAUGCAAGCUGGGGUCUGGGGAACUCCCCAUCCACAGCUCCCUGCACCCUAGCUUGCGUGCAGCCAGCUGCACACCCUAGCAGGUGCACAAUUCAACCUAAGGAUUUUUAUCCCAGAUCCCAACACAUCCUGCCAUGUCAGAGUUUGAGUGUCUGGUAUAGCAGGGUGCAGAAUUGUUGUGAUUCAGGAUAAAAAUCCUCAAAUCCCAUCAUACAAUUAAAUUUAACGUCUGCCAGGGGCUUUUGUGUUCCAAUGUUUGAUACAAAUCUGAAGAGGGAAUCCCCCUGUACUACCUUUUUACUAUUAUCCCGUCAGCUCUCCCAAGCCAAGAAGGGCAAGAUUAGGUCACUGGCUUGGUGGGGGACCUAUAGUUACCUAAUUUCACUGUCCCUAUGGGCACUUUACAGUCUUUGAGUUGGAGAAUUCAGUGGAGAAAAUUUUUACUUUCAGCUGUUUUCCCCAUCAAAAAAACAAUCAAUCUUGAAAUGUGGAUCUCAUGAGGUCCCUUCCAGCCCUAAACUUCUGUGUCAAAGAAAACUAGGCAAUUUUGAACGAAAUCAAAAUUUUCAUAUUCAAAUAUCUAUUUUUCAUCAAAAACUCUACUGAAGAUUUUUGCCCACUUCUCUCAGGCGCUGUGGGUGGGAGGUGGUGUGUCUUUUAGGGGAUAUGUGAGCCCUAGCAGCAGCAGUUUAGAUUCCUUCCUACUUCCUGCAGAAAGGUAAGAGCCAUAAGCCCACUGUCUUGGCCACAUUCUGGCUUGGAUUAUAAAUUAUGCUUUGUCUUUUGAGGGGAAGCUUCCUUUGCAGUUUCAAACCGUAUCCCUCACUUCCUGUCUUAAACUGGACCCUGCACUGGUAACUAUGCCGUGUUUCAGCCCAGGGACAGCAGCACUCAUUCCUGUGCAGCAGCAUUUGUAGAAUACUUUGGGAUGAACAGCACAACAUCAAUAUGGUGUUUUCAAAGCUGUCGGCUAUAAAAUAGGAGACACUGGAUCAAUCAUCAGUCUUCCCAAUCUAAACAUCCUAUAAGCGACUAUAAAAGUCCAUUGCCUCUUGACUUCUUUGCCAUUGAUUCUUGAUUUCCCCUCUCCUCCAAUCCAUCUCAUAAUGAGCCUGAACUAAUGCCCCUUAGGAACAAUGGGAGACUGUACAUCCCUGUACUUUUAAGAGUGGCGCAUUGAGGACUGAUUUGGAUUCAAUGCAUUCCGCUCCCUGAGCAUUACUUGAAGGGACACUAAUGGCUAGAAGAUCAUGCAUCUGUCUGAAAAUAUUGUUUCUUCUGUGGUCACAGAUAACACUGUGGCUAGAAGGUAGAAAAAAGCAAUGAUUUGCCUUUUUUCAGUUUUCUUUGUGCUUUGUCAUUUUUGAUGAUUCCCCUAUCUAGCCAAUGUCAGACUGCUGUGAAGGCCCUUUUAACCAUGAAUAAUAAAGUAGAAAAUGCUUAAUCUUAGGAUGUGACCCAUAGCAGGUGCUAGGGCAUAAGACAGGAGUUUGUGAGGUCAAGGGUUCUCUCCCUGGCAAAACCACAGGUUUGCUGGAUGACCUUGAGACAAGUUCUUCCUCCUUUCUCUGCCUCAGGCCUCUGCUACACUUACAUUUAGUCGUCAUCAUCAUUCUCAGCAGUCCCUCAUAGUCAAAAAUGAGGUAUCAGAUCAAGAGUGGUCCAACACAACUCAAAGACCUCAACAGUGAAGCAGGCGGAUGCAGAAUGCAAACUUCUCAACAGCUGCAAAGGCGGAUGAAGGCUGCAGUGGAAGACUAACCCCAUUUGUCUUGCAUCUCCUUGCCACUGGAAACAGGCUUCUCCUCUGCCGUGUGGUUGCCGAUGCACAUCAGCCUGCUCAUGUAAAACAGGUCACGCACGGGCUUCUUCCACUGGUACAACAUCUAUUCAUCUACAGCACUUUACUUGACCCAUGGGAGUUGUCAUCCUGUGUUUCUUGAUCCUGCUUGCUCUGUUCUUGGAGUCUGGCUUUUGGCUUUUCUCUUGGAUUUUGUAAUUCAGCCUGAUGCCUGAAUAGGGUUGCCAACCCUCUAGGAUUGCCCUGGAGUCUCCAGGAAUUAGAAAUAAAUUUCCAAGAGACUGCUGAGAGUCACCCAGGAGAAGAAUGCUAAGGCGUUCAUUAAAAUACAUAUUAAAUAUUGAAUUGGAUUUAUAUAGUAGGUCAGUGGAUUUUUAAAAUGUAAUAGUAAUGUUCAUUUGCCUUCCUGAUGUAAAGUCAUUCAUGUCACUAUGUAAUGUGAUGAAAACCUCCCAGAAUAGAUUCAAAGACUUGGCAACCCUACCCCUGAACUUCAGCUUGGCUUCUGAUUCGAAGCUUGCCCCAGGAUUUCUCUUGGAUUUGGCAACUUGGUAUCUGUUUCAUAACCCUGGUUUGGGCCUUUGUUUUGAGUUCUUCCCCAUCUCUAGCUCUCCUCUAACCACUAGGAAAGACCACCCACAACUCUGCCCGUUACAAUUAUUCUGUCAAACUAGAGUUUUAUAUUGCUGAAUGUUUGUGUUACCUAGUGGCUCCAUCCAAGAUCAGGCUUUCUACAAACACAUAAUUUGCAAUCUAAACAGACGAAAUAAGGGAUAUAACAGAAAAUGGGCACCCACAGUAAAGUGACUUGUUCACAACUAUGCACAAGAGUACCAGGAAAGUCAGGACAAGAGCGCAGGUCUUUGAGGUCCCAGCCUGAGCUAGGUGUGCUAAGCCACUCAUGUUUCACCGGUCACUUUCAGAGAACUUGCAUUAACAAUUCUACUUUCAAAUACUUGUUAGUAUUGUAAUAUUGUUGCCCUGGUUUUAUCUGUUCUGGGGAAAUGUUUGCUCUUUGCUCCAUUUUUGGAGAGAUGUAAUGGGCAUAUUGCCCUUAUUUGUAAUAAAAGAAACUAAUUCCCUAAGAAACUAA